AUGUUGUACGAACUCAUAGGAAUUGUGCGACCGGGCAACCUCGCCGAGGUGAAAGAAAUCGCCCUCACCGCCGGCCAAAUCAUCCUCCGUAAUGGCGGCGUCAUCCGCGGCAUCUCCAACUGGGGCGUCUUCGCGCUCCCCCGCCCCAUCUCCAAGGCUCAGAUGAAGCACAAGAGCGGCCACUACUUCGUCAUGCGCUACGACGCCUCCUCGGCCACACACGCCGACAUGCGCAGCACCAUCAACCUCGACCCCCGUGUCAUCCGUUCCGCCCACGUCAAGCUCGGCGACGGCAAGCUCGAGACUGCGGCGCGCUUUGGCGAUGUCAAGUGGGACCGGUAG